AUAAAUAUUUAAGUGUUUUAAUUUUGGGUUCUAGAAUUGUCGAUCUGCUUGUUUAGUUUAAUGUGACUGGCUUGUUAUAUAAGUGAGAUUUAUAUAUGGUGAAGGUCACAAACAUGUCGCUGGCAUUGGUGCCCCAAGCGGAACCUCAGAAGAUCUACCUUGUUACCUAUGAAAUGAGGGUGUCGGAAGACUGCAGCGAAACUAUCCGGACCAUUGUGGCCCACAAAGCCACAGAGCUGAUGGUAUGUGGCUACAUCGCUUAUACGCACUGUGGCCGCAAAGUGGGCGGCGAACUGGAGGGCACUGAGGCUGUUCUUCAAGCUAUGGUCGACUGGCUAGUGGCCAAGAGCCAGGAGAAUGAUCUAGGGGACGGGGAGAAGAUCAAAAGCCAGAUGACGGAGCCACGAUUCUCGAAGUGGAAGCUGCAAUCAGGGGCCAAAUACGAUGAUUUCUUUUGCUGUUGAGUGCUGCCGAGAGGAGUUGAUUAAAAAUCGCAAAUUGCAUUGGCCCCAGAA